CAGGAAAUGACAGAAAACCUGAAUACGGAACUGAAGCAGCCACUCAGUUUCUUACUCUGAAGUGGUAGCAGCCAGAGAGGGUGCCGGGUGUGGACGUGAGGAGCCGGGACCUCAGAACAAACGCUCACACUAGUGGAGAUGUGGAAGUCUGUAGUGGGGCAUGAUGUAUCUGUUUCCGUGGAAACCCAGGGUGAUGACUGGGACACAGACCCUGACUUUGUGAAUGAUAUCUCCGAGAAGGAGCAACGGUGGGGAGCCAAGACCAUCGAGGGCUCUGGACGCAAAGAGCACAUCAACAUCCACCAGUUGAGGAACAAAGUGUCAGAGGAACAUGAUGUUCUUAAGAAGAAAGAGAUGGAAUCAGGGCCCAAAGCAUCCCAUGGCUAUGGAGGUCGGUUUGGAGUGGAAAGAGACCGAAUGGACAAGAGUGCCGUGGGUCAUGAGUACGUUGCUGAGGUAGAGAAGCACUCUUCACAGACAGAUGCUGCCAAAGGCUUUGGGGGCAAAUUUGGAGUAGAGAGGGACAGGGCAGACAAGUCAGCAGUGGGCUUUGACUACAAAGGAGAAGUGGAGAAACACACAUCUCAGAGAGACUACUCUCGAGGCUUUGGUGGCCGUUAUGGGGUGGAGACCGAUAAACGGGACAAAGCAGCUCUGGGAUAUGACUAUAAGGGAGAGACGGAGAAACACGAGUCCCAGAGAGAUUAUGCCAAGGGCUUUGGUGGCCAGUAUGGAAUCCAGAAGGACCGAGUGGAUAAGAGUGCUGUCGGCUUUAGUGAGAUGGAGGCCCCAACCACAGCUUAUAAGAAGACGACACCCAUAGAAGCUGCUUCCAGUGGUGCCCGUGGACUGAAGGCAAAAUUUGAGUCCAUGGCCGAGGAGAAGAGGAAGCGAGAGGAAGAGGAGAAGGCACAGCAGAUGGCCAGGCAGCAACAGGAGAGAAAGGCUGUGGUGAAGAUGAGCCAAGAGGCUCAGCAGCCAGUGAUGCCUGUGGUAGAGCCAGCAGUGCCAGCCCCAUUGCCCAAGAAAAUCUCAUCAGAGACCUGGCCUCCAGCAGAGAGUCUUCCACCACGAGAGCCUGAGCCUGUGAGAACUAGCAGAGAGUGCCAAGUGCCCUCCCUGCCCAUGAGGCAGAAUGCCCCAGAGGACAGUGAAGAACCUCCAGCUCUGCCUCCUAGAACUCCAGAAGGCUUCCAGUUGAAGGAAGAGCCAGUGUAUGAAGCUGAACCUGAGCCUGAGAAUGACUAUGAGGAUGUUGGGGAGGGGCAGGAGCAGGAUAAUGAUCCCGAGGGGGACUAUGAGGUUGUGUUGGAGCCUGAGGAUCCCCCUGUUCCCUCCACCAUGGCUGGACCAUCAGGCAGCCCAGCUGGGGCUAUGGGGAUCUCUGCUGUUGCCCUGUAUGACUACCAAGGAGAGGGCAGUGAUGAGCUUUCCUUUGAUCCAGAUGACAUCAUUACUGACAUCGAGAUGGUGGAUGAGGGCUGGUGGCGGGGACGUUGCCGUGGCCACUUUGGACUCUUCCCUGCAAAUUAUGUCAAGCUCCUCCAGUGACUGACCCUCACUGCAACUGUGACUUCCCAUGUCCAAAUGGCUCUGCCUCCAUCCCAUCCCCAUUACUGCUGCAAGUGGGUUACCUGAGGUUCUGGACACACUUCCCUCUCCUGUUUCACUGGGGCUUCAGGCAGAGACAGCAUGAGGAAGGGGAUCUCCUUCCCUUUGGUGUCUUCUAUAUCCUGGAUUAACUCAUGGAUGUUUACAUUGUGGUCCUGCCUUCUUCCCCAAUAAUGCCCACUAUAGUGACACCCCAGCUCUGCUCUAUUCCCUUGUGAGCACUGGACUUCCUGGUUUGCUUACUGAGGAGGUAGGUCUAUUCUACCUGGUUGUGCUUUUGCCCACUUUUCUUUCCUUCAGAGAUAUCUCUGAACCUCCUUUCUGUUCAGAAAAAUUGGAAAUAAAGAGGGACUAUAAAGUG